CCCUCUUUCAGAAGUUUAAUACCAUGGAAUUGCUUCUUUUUCUACUCAUCUCUGCUACUUAUCUCUUUGUAGGACUUGAAGGAAGCAAUGCAGCUCUUCUUCCUUCUGAGAUCUACUGGAAAAACAAGUUGCCCAACACUCCUAUGCCCGUUAUACUUCAUGACCUCUUGCAUCCUCCGGAACAAGAAGGAAAGCCACUGACUGACGUCAGAACAACAAGCGGUAAUGUUUACGCCCCAACUCAGGGAAACAUUAUAUCAGCACAGCCAAACUUCCAAAGAUACACAUACACAAAAAAGCCGCAUUCACAACCGUUGAACCUCAGCAAAUACAUAAAAUACCCGCCUGCACAAGCGUUCAAGCUCAGCAAAUACUCAAAAAACCCGCGGUAAAAGCACCAUUCCAAGUGAAAAUGCUGCAACAAAUAGGCAACUUCAAGAUAGCCCAGGC